AUGAUCCAUGCGGGAACGCCACUGAAGACGGAUGCUGGCGGCCUUGAGGCGGUCGGCGAAGGGGCGGCGAUGCAAGAGGAGUCAGAGGAACAGGAGCACCAGGAGGGGCAUGGGGCGACGAAGAGGCGGAGGAAGAAGUCGUAUUGGAGCCGCAAGAAGAGGGCACGCGGAGAGCGGAAUGGAGUGGCGUCGUCUCAAACGUCUGGAGAGAGCGAGGGCAGCUCGGCGAGGGUGGGCGUGGCGCGGAAUGUGCGGGAGAAGCGCGAUGGCGUUGCGGAGGUUACGCAGUUCGAUGACACCACGGCGGUGGGAGAUGCCGAUGGAGCGGUGGGAGAUGCAUAUGGAGCGGUGGGAGAUGCCGAUGGAGCGGUAGGAGAUGCCGAUGGAGCGGUGGGAAUGCAGGGGAACGAAGAGGUGGUGGAGCGAAAGCGAGGAGCAGCGUUUGGAAGUAGCGCCUGGGAAGACGUCCGCCAGGAUGCAGUGACUGCGCGUGUCGAGGGGUCGCACGGUGAGACAGGCGUUGAACGCACUGCUGAUGACGAAGGCGGCAUGCAGAAAGACGACGUUGCCGUGCUGGCGGAUGCCGGUGGGCGGGUGCCAGGUUCGCGCAAGAAACGCAGGACAUUGGGUUACCGACCGUUCCUUGCUGUGAAGGUUGAUGCGGGGAACGAUGGCGAGGUGAAGCAGGGCGAACAGGCUAUGGAAGUGCAGGGAGAGGGGGAGAUAGUUAAGGGGAUGGUUGAGGGGGGAGGAGAAUUAGGACUGGGCAGCACGGAUGUUAGAGCAGUGGAUGCAGGUGCGGUACAUGAGAGUCGAGGGCAUAGACAAGGCACGGAGCAGGAGGAAGCGCGUGAGGGGACGGACGCGGAGGAUACGAAUGUGCAGGAAUUGUGGGCCAGCAUGGCUGGACUCGCGACAAGCGAGGCCUUGCCUGAGACUGCAGGAGAAAUGCCGCUCAGUGACGGAAGUGCAGGCGAAGCUAUCGGGGGAUCGGCUCCUGAAGUGCAGGAUAGUGACGGGUCAGGGUCAUGGGGGCGACGUGAAACCAGGAGGCGGGCAACGCGGAAGGCGCCGACGCGCAGGGAGCGGAAGGGGAUGGAGGGCGCGGGGCAGAGCGGUCAGAAGAGGAGGAGCCCGAGGCUGAGGUUGGGUGACGUCGUGCCUCCACCGCUGCCUUCGAUUCCAGAGGAGGGAAGCGGAGAGAGGGAUGGGUCUGCAGGGAGCGAACGCACACAAGGUAACGCAGGCGGGGCAGCAGGGGGAGAAGAGGAUCGGACCGAUACUGCAGCAGCAGAGACAAUCGUUUUAUCUCCUGAUCUGGGUGGUGGCUACGGCAGGUACGGCGGUGAGCAUGAAGAGGAGAUAGGCGAUGCGGGAGAAGGAGAGGGGCAGGGGGAUGCGGUGGUAGGCGACACCGGGCUUCACGCGGACAGCCUUGCUGAAGCUCUUGCUGGAGGCGCGCUAGGUGAAGGUGGGGCAGGGGACUCACGCGAUGGUGCUGGAUCUCGAGUCGUUGGAGGGAAGAAGGGCAGGAAGAAGGGCAAGAAGGGCAAGAAGAAGGUUAAAGGGAGAAAGCCUUCACCUGCUGUGACUGCUGCUGUCGCCGAUGCCGGUGCCGGCAGUGUUGCUGGCGAUGCGGAUGAAGCACGUGGCGAGGGCGCAGAGGGAGAUGGCGUAGAGCUGGUGGUGGAGGAGGAUGACGACGUGCAGGAGGUGAAGGGGUUUGCCGUGGCGGAGGAGGAGGUCUCAGAUGGGGAAGACGAUGCAGCAGCAGCAGCCGGAUUGGAGCAGCAGAACAGGGAGCUGGAGGAGAGGAACCAACAGCUGGAGAACGACCAGAUGGAGGAGAUAGACAGCGCCAUUCAGGAAGUGCACGAGCGCUCGCUGCGCCACGCCCGAUCGUGUAAGGCACUGUUGGCGGAGGCGCAGAGGGAGAACGCGGAGAUGAGGCGCGAGUACAUAGAGCGCCUGGACCUGGACGACAUGCACCGCACCAUGCAGAGGCUGCUGGCGGAUCUGAAUCGCAGCAAUGCCGCCAUGCACCACUACCGCAGCAUCUCCCUGCAGUACUGCGCGCUCUAUGGAGAGUUACCGGGGGGCGAUGGAGAGAGUGAUGAGGAGGAGGCGGAUGGGGAGGAGGAGGAGGAGGAUGGGGAGGAGGAGGAGGAUGGAGAGGGGAAGGAGAAGGAAGGAGACAACGAGGAAGGGCGUAAUCUGGAGAUUCGUGAAGAGGGAAGUAAGGAGCGUGGUAGGAAAGAGGGAGCAGAUGAAGAACGACAGCCACAAGAUUCAAAGGAGAAUAAGGAGAGCGAGGAGGCUCAUGAGGCAGAGGCAGAGGCAGAGCGAGAGGACGAUGAGGAGGAAGCGGAAGGUGGAGGAGGCAUGGCGAGUGCGUGGAAGGGCUUGUGUGAAACGGCUCCUGGGCUUGCUGCAGCGCUGGAGUGGGUGCAUGAUGCCGGCAGUGAGCUCAGCCUGGCGAUGCAGUGGGAUGAGGGCUACGACAUGCAUAGCUGGGUGCUCUGCCACAAGCCCUCAGCCCCUGAUGCAGUCAACGAAGUGGGCCUGCCUCCCGCCUCUCCCUCCCCCAUGGACCAGCGGCAGCCUCCCCCUCCUGCCGCUGCCGCUUCUGGCAGUGGUGGUGGUGAUGGGGACAGCGAGGGCAGGUACGGCGAGGGAGCGGAGGAGCGGAAGGGGUUUGUGAUGCGUGUGACGACCCUGGGGCGGGUGGAUGAGAGCAGGGCACCCAGGUGGAUGAGGGCGGCGGUGUCAGAGGAUGAGGACGAGUACUGCAUGUGCUGUGAGAGCAAGCUCAUCCGCGACCUUAGGGCCCUGCGCAAGAUCCUCCUCCAGUAA